AUGUCAGCUACGCAGUCCGAGCUAUCCAAAGGACACCGAGCACUACUCGACCUGGAAGGACGAUUCAAUGCCAAGUCGCAUGGCAUAGUUUUAGGCAUUCAAGGAUCCCAGAUCGAGGCACUCGCGUCGUGCAUUGAUAUCUUUGAUCAGUUCCCUUAUCCUGUCAUUAUCAACGCAGCCAUUCUCAAACUCGCUGACUGGUUUCGUCUCAGCAAUAAUGUGAUCAAGUUUUAUGUGUAUCGCGUAUUCAAGCAAGCAGCCAAGCAGCAUUUGAACAAGGUCUUCAACGUCGAAGAAACGGUCAAACGCGUUAUGCCCGUAUUAGGAAGCAACGAUCCAAUCGCACGUGCCAUCACGCUUCGGAUCUUGGGAUGCAUGUCAAUGAUUAUUGCCGACAAAUUGGAUGUUCAUCAUGCGAUCCUGCAACGACUGGAAUCUGCUACGGAUCGUCCCGAAUUGGAGGCUGCUAUAUGGGCAGCAGAUCGAAUUUGUGCCGUUUCGCUUCGUUUUGCCCCGUUUAUUCUUCCACGCAUUGAGGCCAAGUUAGAUGAUACCACGGUGUCACUCCACACAAAGUUGAGAUUGGUCAAGCUCUAUCGCCAUAUGCAUCAGGAUAUGAGCAUGACACGAAGGGCACGAGAAAGUUGCACGAAUCUCUUAUCCAAUCCUGAUCUCGAUGAAAAAUUGACCAUCACGACAUUGAGGACAUUGAGCAUGUUGUUAAAGGAAGCUGUAUUUGAUCGUAAACAACAGAUGGAGCGUCUAUUUGAUUAUGCAUUGAAUGAUCCUCGAGAAAAUGUAUCCAUUGAAGCCCUUGAUGAUCUUGUUCUUUUGGCACACAAUGAUAUUGCGGUGGAUACGUCUCGCGUGUAUCGGAUUCUUGAAUUGGUGACCAUGCAAUCGGGAAAAGCAUCCACAAUUGGAAGACGCUACGUUUGUGCUCGCUUGAUGCUUCGAUCCUAUAGCCAGCUUGUAGGACAAAAGUUGGGCUCCAUAUGGUCUUCAGAAAGCCAUCUCAUUCAUCAAGUCUUGGACACAUGUGAACGCAACUUGCAGGAUGCCAUUGCCAAGAAGAAUAUCAUUUAUUUGAUCACUUUUGCACGAUUCUUGAUCACUUUUAUCGAGAUUGGACAACAAUCAGCAUCCACUCACCACUUGGAUGAUAUGCGAGCCGUAUUGAAUGAAGCAGCCAUUCGCCUCAAUGGACAUUUGAAUACCUUAUCGAUCGACGACCUUGUGCAUACCCUACGUCAUCGACGUAACAUGUUGGAUACGGUGACCCGAUUUAUGAGAUUGCGAGCCAACACACUGCUUUUGAUUGAGGAAUUUGACUUUAACCGUGUCUAUGCGGAUACGUUUGAUACCAUGACAAAAACAACCGAUGAUACCAUCAUUGAUCGGCUGGUUCCGUUUUUGACUUUGGUCGCCACACGUUGUGCAGGCUUGAAUGAAUGGUUCCCUGACAAGGCGUUCAAUUGCAUGCGACACAAUUAUUCUCGGCCAUGUUUAUUUGUAAAUACAGUGAAGCUUCUAUUUCGGAUAUCCAAGCAAGCAUCAUCACAUCAACGAGAACACUAUUCCCAACAACUUUUACCGCUUUUGAAUGCAUUUGGUGGAUGGGACGAGGUCACAGGCAGCUACAAAAAGAAUACAUGGCCUCUUUAUAUUAUUGCUCGAGAAGCUGGAAAUCAUGGAUGGCACAAGAUUAUGCACCACAUCCUUCAAAGCUUGAGUCAAACGAUAGAUUCAGAAGCCAGCAAAUACUGGUUGUUAUCCUUGGCGGUGUUUGCAAACGCUGAAGCUGUCUUGGCAGAAUCCGAUCCAGGUUCCUUAUCCACCGUCAAUGAGCUUUAUCUUCGCAGCUUGACACAGUUUCAGGCAUUUCGAUCCUUGACGGGCAUGAAAGUUUUUGGACUAUGGUUUAUGCAGCUACGCAAAGAAAUGAUAUCCACCAUCGAUCAGCUUCAUCAACGCAUGUGCCUUUCGCGUGAAACAUUAGCACAGCGUCGGAAAAUGACAAAAAUGGUCUUGCAUUGUGCAGAUCGUUUCCGAGAGUUGGCGUUUCGAUAUGAUUUUCUUACCCGGUCUUUCUUUGGCCUUGAUAAGGAGACAGUGGGUUGCCUGGAUACAUUCAAGACAUGUGCCUUGCUAUAUGAACUUGCUAUACAAACGGCAUUGAAUCGCAGUGGUAGAGAGGGCAUUGACCCUUCCUUGAUCCCUCUUCUUGGAAACGACAAUGGCGAACAAGAUGUGGCUUUGUUAUCAACAUGCAAGAGUUUCAUGCAUACCAUUAUGGAAUGGAGUGACACACAUGAGUUUUCGCACAGGGAACAAGAUAUCCGAGAAUUCAGCAACAAGAUUAUUCGACAACCAUUGCAUUUACCACGUUACUUUUUCCAUGCCCAAAGGAAUCUUACUGUUCAGCUUACAACCGAGCCACGUCUAAGCGAUCAAUCGGAUUCAAUCACACUUAAAGGAAAUGAAGAUCUUGUCAUCAACUUUGAAGGCUUUGUCCAAAAUGAGAUUCAGGAGAAGGAUACAAUGCAUAUAUUCACCAAGGCGUCAAUUGUUUGUUAUGUGACUCAUGAGAAUGCACGUCAUUUCCAAGACCAAUUGGGCAUUGAUAUGAUCUUAUCCGAUCCACCAGAGACCUCAACACAUCCAUCCAAUGGGGUCACGUUUCUUCAACCACCUACCACGUUUACUGCGGAUGUCGUCAAUUCCUACUUUUCUUGCAAGGGGCUGUUGCAUAUGCCAUCCACUACCACCACCAGCAGUGAUAACACGCCUCGCAUACCACGUGAAGGAUGGCUGAAUGUGUUUGUGAAUAUUAUCGAUAAGGAUUUGAAUGUAUGGGCGAUGGGCCCUUGUCACUCGGGACGAAUUUCAUGGAUCCAAUAA